GAGGUACAAAAAGAAAGUUCAUACAUUCAAAAUCUAAAUAAACAUAUAUUUUGACCUUGCAUACAUCAAAUUAUCAGAUGUGACUAAGAUACGCACUGAGGCAACCCCCCAAACCGACCCCUCACACCCUCACUAACACACACUAACUAACAUCCAUCACAAAGGCAUAGGAGAAAACUAGUGUCUAGGCCUUCCGUAAAUCAGUUGGGAAGGCUACAAACAAACGGGCGGGAAUUGGCAGACAGCACCUAGGGGCACCGUAGCACACCGUCGCCAGAGUGCUUCCCCGCCUCGCCGCCGAAGAGCAUUCAGUCAUAGCCGGGCACGGUAACGGAGAAAAUACGCCCGCAACCUCCCUAAGCCUUCUCGUGUUCUAAAGCUGUCUAAGGCUAGUAGGACUUCUUCAAGCCUCCCAAGUGUUCAUUUAUAGUCUGAACUGUGCCCAGAAAUGGUUAUAAUGCGUCUGUGAAUUGCCCAAACCUCUUUCUUGUGUCUUAGGCUGUCCAGCGUCGUGCAGUGCUAUCCUAAACGAGUCUAGUACAACCUCAAGCAUUCCCAGUGUUCAGAUACAGUCUCAACCGUGUCCAGGGAUGGUUAUAACGCGCCUGUGACUUGCCCAAACCUCUUCCUUGUGUCCUAGGCUGUCCGGCGUCGCGCAGUGCUCUCCUAAACGAGUCUAGUGCCUUCCUAGUGCUCAGAUACUGUCCCAACCGUGUCCAGAGAUGGUUAUAACGCGCCUGUGACUUGCCCAAACCUCUUUCUUGUGUCCUAGGCUGUCCGGCGUCGUGCAGUAUAUCCUAAACGAGUCUAGGACAACCUCAAGCCUUCCUAGUGCUCAGAUAUAGUCCCAACCGUGUCCAGAGAUGGUUAUAACGCGCCUGUGACCUGUCCAAGCCUCCAUGAAGUCUUUUAAGCUAAGUGGCGGGCUCGAACUCUUCCCUGAACGAGUCUAGUGCAGUCUACCAACGUCUAAGGAGGUCAGGUCAAGUGUGGUAUGGAAGACGAAGCAACGAGUGGGUCAUGGGUCCUCACGCUACUGCUGCUGGUGGCGUGUGUGUUCCUGUUACUGUGGAAGGGCUGGCCGAUGUGCAGAGAGAGGUUCUUCGCGGCCUUCAUGGACCACUUCAACAGGAGCGCCCACGACCAGCUGGAGGCGGUGAAGAGGGUCAACUUCGCCUCCCUCCGCACCGCCGCCUCCCACGACCCCGAGCUGCGGAGGAUGAAUGCUCUCAGGGUACUCGAGGUCGGCGUGGGCACAGGGACGAACUUCGCCUACUACCCCGAUGGGACACACCUGGUGGCGGUAGAGCCCAACCCUCACUUCAAACCGUACUAUGACCACAACCGACACCAAUUCCCCAACAUUCAAUCCGAGGAGGUCAUCGUCUGCAGCGUGGAGGAGAUGGACAUGGUGGAGUCCAGCAGCGUGGAUGUGGUGGUGAGCACGUUUGUCUUCUGCUCUGUCACCAACACCAAGAAAGUCUUGCAGCAGAUCCUUCGAGUGUUGGUUCCCGGUGGAAGGUUUUACUUCUACGAGCACAUCGCUGAGUUUGACACCAAGAGGCACGCCACCAGAAGGAAGGCCCAGGAGCUGCUCUCCCGGCUGGGCAUCUGGCCGUUCAUCUUUGCCGGCUGCAUGGUGAACCGAGACAUGCUGGAGGACAUCCAGCAGGCAGGCUUCUCCAAGGUCCAGGCCCAGCGUUUCUGCAGUCCCUUUGAACAGCUGUUGUUCCAGAUGGUCAAGCCAAGCCUCAUGGGCAUGGCUCAGAAGGGAGAGGCCUUUGCUGUAAAGUCUUAUACUUGCCCGGGAACACACUAAGUUGAUGCAAGCGACUGCAUCCAUCCAUCAUGACUUCAGAUAUAUUCAACAAAGAAUCUAAAUAAAACUUUUUUCAUGAGCUUUGUAUGAAAAAAACAUCAGUAUUGUCACCUACCUUGGGAUGCAGACCACCAAAACAAAGUUGGAGGUUGGUUCUUUGUCUUUGUAUAUAAGAAUGGCAAAAACUGUUUUAUACGUGCCCUCGGGACCAUGUAUAUUUUUGUUCUGCUUUCAAGUUCCAGGUCCACAGGAUAACAUUGAGAUGCUCCCUUGCUUUGAUCACAUUAAAAUGGUGACAGGUCUUCCUCAUUCUACUGCACCAGGCCCUUGAAGGUAAUCACUCCACCUUCUCCUUUAAUUCCAAAUACUGGCACCACACAACAGUCUGUCAGCAUAUCAUGGGCUCUCAGAAGCCAUCAGCAGUGCUUCCCAUCAAUAAGCCUGCCAUUUACCUCACAGCAAAGGAGUACUUCCCAUAUAUUGCCUACACACCGGCCACUGUCCUUACAUGACACCAGACCAACUCAAUCUGUCAUGCCAAGCAUAAUAUUUUAUUGUGGUGAGCUAAUAUACAUGUAUUUGUUUUCUUCCUUACAUAAACAUAAUCACAAAAUUAAACGGCCUUAAUUUUCUUGUUUAUUUUAUGGAGUCCCAAAACACAGUUACCCAUAGCUGCAACAAAUUAGUGAGACUUUGAACAUCUACCAAACAAAAUGCAACAAUGAUGGAAUUAUAUGUUACUACUCAGCCAACACCUGCCACUUGGCUUAGGAAACACCCAUUCAAUAGACUAACCAACCAACUAAUCACAUCACCAUUUAGGAAGAGCAAAGCAUCGAUAAUUAGUAAUGGUGAGGAGUUCAAGGAAAGCUGGAACAAUGAACUUGCUGUCUAUGACUCAAAACUUCACCAUUGACAACAUUUUUUCCAGCCCCUUUACUUUCCUGAAGA